UCUACUAUCUGGGCUUCUGUCAGAGAAUAGGCAUCCAGUUACAUGCCUGUUACAAAAAAAAAGAUUAAAAGAGUUUAAGACGAGAUCAUAAACAACACUUUUGAAACGGAGGAACUUUGUAAUUGGCAUUUAAAUGUGACUUUAAACUCGGUACUGUAAGUUGUUUCUACAGGCAGUGGUGUCCUUACAGAAGGACCCCUGAUGCACGAGAACGGAAGCGUUCAGUAAAUAUAUCGGAAAGAUAAAUAUGACGGUUUAUAAUCUGUAUUUAUUCGACCGUAAUGGAACCUGUUUACACUACAGUGAGUGGAACCGCAAAAAACAGGCCGGGAUCUCUAAAGAGGAGGAGUUUAAGCUGAUGUAUGGAAUGCUGUUCUCCAUCCGCUCCUUCGUCAGUAAGAUGUCUCCACUUGACAUGAAGGACGGGUUUGUGUCAUUUCAGACAAGUCGUUAUAAACUUCAUUAUUAUGAAACUCCAACAGGCAUUAAGGUGGUGCUGAACACAGAUCUGGGAGUUUCUAACUGCAGAGACGUCCUGCAUCAGAUCUACAGCACAGUCUAUGUGGAGUGUAUAGUGAAGAACCCACUGUGUGAUUUGGGAGGAACCCUACAAAGUGAACUGUUCUCCAGCAGACUCGACUCGUUCAUUAGAGCGCUGCCUUUCUUCAGUGUCCGUGCAGCAUAAACUGUGUGUGUUUUGUGUUGGGGUUUGGGGGGUUUGGGGAAAUAAAUAUAUUAAUAGUA